AUGAGUGUGGUCGAGAUUACCAGCGACCAGCAGUUCCAUGAUAUCACUAAUGGGGCAGAGGCCGAUAAGCUGAUUGUUUUGUAUUUCCAGACCCAGUGGGCCGAGCCGUGUGUGCACAUGAACUCUGUUUUCACCUCGUUGGCCGAGAUUUACCCCCAGCACCAAUUUGUGUCCGUGAAUGCCGACGACUUCCCCGAUGUGGCCGAGCUGCUGGACGUUUCCGCUGUUCCUUACUUUGUGUUACUGCGUAACCGCACCAUCAUCAAAGAACUCAGCGGUGCAGACCCCAAGGGCCUUUCUUCGGCCAUCCAGGCAGUCAGUGCCGACUCCACACAGGCGCAGUCUGAAGCAGCAGCGGCGGCUACCAGCUCGGGACCCAACUCUAAGACAGCCACCCCCCAGAACGAGCCCGAGGAGGCCGAAGAAGACCUUAAUAACCGCUUGCGUAAACUAAUUUCCGCCGCACCUGUAAUGCUAUUCAUGAAAGGAACUCCUGCCGAACCCAAGUGUGGGUUUUCCCGCCAGCUUGUUGCCAUCUUACGGGAAAACCAGGUAAGAUUCGGGUUCUUUGAUAUUCUUAAGGACAAUGCUGUUAGACAGGGCCUCAAGACCUAUUCGGACUGGCCCACUUUCCCUCAGCUGUAUAUUAAUGGUGAGCUGCAGGGCGGUCUUGACAUUGUCAAGGAGCUUUUAAAGGAAGACCCAAAGUUCUUCGAAAAGGCAGUGAAUCAGUAA